CUUGUUUCCUGACCCUCUCUCUCGCUUUCUCUCUCUAUAUCUAUAUAUAUAUAUAUCGUGUGCUCUCUUUGCCGUGAGUGGUGGUGGCCGCCGUUGAUGAUUUGGGUGUGUUUUCUCCACUGAUCUGAACUGUCUAUUGGAGUGAAAGUUGCUCUGUUUUUCAGAGUCUAAUUUUUGCAAAAAUGGAGGAAACAAGAACUGAUGAGUCCGAAAUCGAUCUCCUCCUUUGUGAGAUACCCAAAGCCACUUCUGGGAAUCCACAUUCUGAUGAGUCUGCUCGUAGGAUGGUGUAUCUGAAUGAAAGUUUGUCAUCUGCUCGAUUGAACUCGUACAGAGAGAAUUCGAUCGGAAAACUGCAAAACAAUGGGAGGUUGAACAAGUAUGAACAAUUACCUUCCAAUUGGGUUCAAUCAGAUGAGCUGAAUCUCCCUGAUGAUCAAUCCUUGACAUCCGCAUUUGCGGGGAUGAGUUUUAAUGAAGGAGUGGCUGUGCCUGCUGUAUCAGCUGCUGGUAUUCAUCAACCUUUGGUUUCGAAACCUAUGCAAUGCUAUGCCUCUUCAUUGCAUGGAAUGAUCCAUAACAACAACCUGAAGAAACAAAAUUCGGAUGUGGAUUCAAGGAUGAUGUAUGUUUCCUCCUACCGAACAUCAAACAAUGUGCCUUGUGAUUUCUAUGACUAUGGGUUUGAUGUGACAAAACAUGGCCAUGAAAGUACAAAUUUUUCGAGGUUUUCUCCUCAGGAACCCAGAAGAGGCCUCCAAGUUGCGAAUUACCAGCCAAUGGAGAAUUUUCCUACUGCUGUUCCACUGGAUCAUUCGGUGACUGGUUUUCCAUACCUCUCUAAUCUGCCUGUUUCUGGGAUGCAGUUUCCUAUAAUGACUGAUCAACAACCGCAAUUCUAUUUGGAUCCACUUUCAAGUCUACCUUACCAUCGUCAACAACAGUACCAUAGGUUUCUGCGCUUGCAGCAGCAGUACAAUAUGCAAGAAAAUGGUAACAUUCCAAACAGGUAUUGUGGUAGAAACCCAAGGCAAACACAUUAUGAAGUUGCAUUCCCUCACCAAUGUGAGCCAUUGAAACCGUCGGAUCCAUUUUGGGAAAACUUUUUGAGCAGAACUUCAAACCAUUUAAAUCAUUCCUUCUCUCCCAUUGGAUUCAAUGCAACUAAAGCUUGGGACAAAACGAGUGCCCCUGAGAGGAUUCUAGCCAGAUCACAUGGACUAAGGUUUGGCUCAGUUGGAGGAAAUGACUUGCUUUCUCAACUUGGUCAAAAUGGAAGGCCUCUACAAAAUGGUCACUUGUCUCAUAACUUAUCUAAUCAUGACUGCUGCAACUUGAACAACAUGCUUCUGUGUCCUGAUACAGACUAUAAAAGUUGUCUUAAUGCGAAGCUUUUGCCUCAGAAAUAUACAUCACUGGAUGAAGCCAGUGGUAGAAUUUAUCUCAUGGCUAAAGACCAGCAUGGUUGCCGAUUCUUGCAAAGAAAAUUCUCUGAAAAGAAAAAACAUGAGGUCGACAUGAUUUUUGAAGAGAUCGUAGAUCAUGUUGUUGAGCUGAUGACAGACCCUUUUGGGAAUUACCUCGUUCAGAAGCUGCUCGAGGUUUGUGACGAGGACCAGCGGCUGCAGACGCUUCAUUGCAUGACUUGCCAACCAGGGGAACUUGUUAGAAUUUCGUGUGAUAUGCACGGGACUAGAGCUGUUCAAAAGGUUAUUGAAACCCUUCAGACCCCAGAGCAGUUCUCCAUGGUUGUUUCCGCACUGAAGUUUGAUACAUUGACACUUAUGAAAGACACGAAUGGAAACCAUGUCGCUCAACGGUGCUUGCAGUAUUUAAGUCAUGAGUAUAGUGAAUUUUUGUUUGAAGCUGCACUUUUAAAUUGCGUUGAUCUUGCAUCAGACCGCCAUGGCUGUUGUGUGCUUCAAAAAUGCCUUGCUUAUUCUAAUGGUGACCGAAGGCGCCAUCUGAUCUGUGAGAUUGUUGCCAAUGCUCUAGUCCUUUCACAGGAUCCUUAUGGGAACUAUGUUGUGCAAUACAUCUAUGAGCUUGGCCUUCAAUGGGCAAAACUACAUUUACUAGAUCUGUUGGAAGGUAGCUUCGGUGAUCUUUCUAUGCAGAAGCACAGCAGUAAUGUGGUUGAGAAAAGCCUGAAAUUUUGUGACGAAGAGGGCCGCACUCGCAUUAUUCAGGAGCUUAUCGAUAAUCCCAAGCUCGAUCAAAUCAUGCAGGAUCCUUAUGGAAACUAUGUUGUUCAAGUAGCAAUAGAACUGGCAAAGGGAAGCCUUCAUGCUAAGCUGGUGGACGCCAUAAAGCCCCACGUUGCUGCACUCCGAACCAGUCCAUACGGGAAGAAAGUCCUCUCGAACCUGAACUUCAAGAAAUAAUUUCCGGGCGAAUGCUGUAAAACUUGGCCUUUUUGUAGCUGGUGAAUAGAAGAGUGGACUUGUAUUGUUGUUUUUUGUUUGUUGUUUUAAAUUUAAUACAAGACUUAUGGAUUUAGCUGAAAUGUAUAUGCUAUGGUUAUCCAC